GCCAAUGAGGUGGUCGGACGAGGCGCCCAAGAUAGUUUUGAAUGUUGUCAACACAGUCGUGAGCGAUGGUGUGUGUUAUCUGGGCUCUCUCUAAUAUUCCUGGACCUUCCUCAUCUAGUCCAACAUGAGCAACAAGCAGUGUAUCACAGGGCCGUACCGUGCCACCAAACUGUGGAAUGAUGCAGUACGGUCCUUCUACAAUGGAAUGCCAGUCUCACGACAUUGGAAGGGUUUACGGCAAUAUGACAGGUGUUUUACAGCUACAGAAGCCAUUGACUGGUUGCUCAAUCACCUACAGAGUAACCCAAACUUUGGUGACAGUGUUUCAAGAGACCAGACUGCUAAACUUCUUAGAAAAUUCUUAAAAGCUGGCCUGAUUGAAGAUGUGCGUGGAAAUACAACACGACCCGAUGACUUCAAGGAUAGUAGAGAACUCUACAAGUUUAGCAAUAGAUCACCUCUGAAAGCAUUACGCACGCCUCGCACACCUGGUCGACCAGUAUUAGGAACUUUGCAAAACAAUGCCUCCAAUCAUAUGGAAAACCAAGAUGGAGCAUCUCCAUUUUUAAGAAAAAGGUUUCAGGGAUCAAUAAGAAAGUCGACCAAAGGAACUGAAAAUCUGGAUGACAGACCGUGCAAUGGUUCAAUCCGUACUAAAAAUGGACCAAAAAGAGCAGGGUCAAUUCAUUCUGGAGAAAACGCCGUCAAUGAGAUAAAAGACCGAGGAGGUAUGCAAGAGUGCCAUCUAGUAGCCAAGCAGCUGUCCAAGGCUGAAACCAAUGACGUAUGGAAACACGUCCUGUUUGGCAAGCUAGACACGGUGUGUGAACGAUUAUUGUUUGGUGACACCGCCUCCAUACUAGACCCCAGUCUAGUGGAAGGAGAGUGGAUACAUCACAAUAUGACCAAACUUACUUCAAGGGGUGUGGUUCAGGUUCCCGAGGCUCAUCCUGACGACCUUCCCAAUUGGAUCCUCACUGCUAUGAAGUGCAUGGCACACUGGCCAAAUGUUGUAGACACAACUUGCAAUAUUCCCAACUACCCUGGUGUGGAGAAAGAUGUUUUCAAAAUUGUUCGUGACUUCUUCACUAAUCUGGUUACUCCCCUGAUUCCAUAUGAACUCUACGAAUCAUUUAUUAGAAUUUACAUUGGUGCAGAGUUUUUGGACAUCACCUACCGCUCUCCAAAUUCAGCUGGUGGAGUAUCCUCUAGUGGUAAAAGUUGUGAUGGAAGCUACAAUGCAGAGGAUUUUAAUGAUAAUGACUCUGUUGAAGAUUUGAUGUUAAACAUGAGCAUUUCUGGUCAGCAAAAGACUUCUACACCAAACACAGACAAUGAAAAUAAUACAAGUGGAGAGAAGCAAGGAUUGGAAGGACACAGAACAUUCAGACGGGAGGGAUCAAGUAGAAGUCUGGGGAGCAACUUGCACACUCCGUCAGGAAGACAAACUGCUCUUUUGAAUUCUUCUAAUCUUCAAAGUCUUAAGCUUAGAAGGCUAAAAAAUUACACGGAUUUUAAAGAGGAUAACUUGUAUCCCACCCUUUUGGAAGGAAGUCAUGAAGGAAGUGGUAUAGGAAUUCCUUCUCCUAAUCAUGAAAGUAUAAGGCCAUUGAGCCGCCAAAGUAAAAUUUCCAGCGAGCCCUCGAUGCACAGACAACCAGAAACUGUUCGAUCUGUCAAAACUAAUGAUUAUGCAAGGAGGGUAAGGAAAGAAAAUGAUGGCAAAGAGGAGAGUUGUGAACUUGCUGGUGCUAUUAGGAGCUCAGAGUUAAGUAGUUUUGAUCUACCCCAAAACUGCUGCUUUGAAACUGCAUUUACAUCAGACAGUCCAAGAACAAGGAUAAUUCCACAGAAGUCGGUGGACUCUCUGCAUUUCAAAAAUGGUGAAAGGUUAAAAGUACUUCUGAAACAGAGACCUAAAAGCAUUGCUGUGCCAUCAUGUUCAUCUUGUGACAGGCAAGUAUCAACCACCAAUUUCUGGGAUACUACCAAAGAAUUAAAGAAUGUUUCAAGAGUUUCAGAUUUAUUUAAGUCUAGCAUAAUGUCGACAAACACAAGUGGUGAAUAUGUAACUGCUUUGAUGCACUCGCCAUUAAACCGUUCUAGAUCAGCUGGAAACCUGGAAAUCCUGAAUGAAGAUAAAAUCACUCAAAAUUCCUCCGACUCUGUGAGUGUACAUAAUUUAAAUGAAAUUAAUCCUACAAGAAGUUUGGCGAGCAGAAUUAGAGACUCCAUUAAAAGGAAGCACUCGCGUGAUGAUUCAUUUUCUAGAAAGCGUAGUAAUGUAAGUAGAGAAAGCAAAGAUCUGAGUGCAGAAAGUGGAAAGUUCAAAAAUUUGGAUCAUUUAAGAACAAAAUCCGGGGGUUACAUGAAUCCUACCCUUUCCCCAGAUAAUACUAGUCAUGAGGAUAUUAGAAGUAUUAAAUCAUAUGCGUCGGAUUACCAAGAACUUGACUCGGGUUUGAGUCAUCUUCGCACGAAGUCUGGAGGCUUUCUAAAUUUGGCUUUGAUGCCAUCCAAUAACAGCAUUGAUACAGUUGAUUCUGCAAACACUUUCUCUGGAGCUUCAACCACAUGCUAUCACACGGCUGUGCAACAUCAGCGUUCUGUUUCUCCUCUUUAUGGUCGUAAAAGUCACGAGCAUUUCAUACCAUCUCGGACCGAGGUACUCAGGAAUAGACAUAAUACACCAGAUGGGUGUCUAAGUCAUAGUUUAUCAUCUUCAUCUGGAUGUAGCGUAUACCAUUCUGCUUUAUCACAGACAAGUCGGAAUAGCACACCAAAUCCUACAAGUCCUCCUGUACCACCAAGGGUUGCACGACCAGUGAGUGGGAUGGGUGGCAUUUAUUCAAAAUCACAAUCUCAAGAGUGCCCCAAAAUACCAAACUAUGAAAAUGUGGCAGACCUCUCCAAGCAGUUGUCAUCAUCUGCGAACGAGCUGAGUGACCGAUGGGCCGACCGAACUCCGUACGGACAGGUGCCCCCAUAUGCUCAGGGGGGAGUGUGGCGUCACUACCACUCCUCCCCAAGUAAGCGUCUCAUUGGGCGCAGGAAAGGGAUCGAGGUUUACUAUGGGAGCAAAGCUUGUCUGCCUGGGCUUCUAACAAGAGAGGGUAAGGACAUUGCCAUCAGUUCUGUUAGAUUGUUGCUGUUACUGUUAGCUCCGGUGCGACGAAGGAAGCUGCAUCUUCUACUUCGCAUGAUGAGUAAAAUGUCGACUAAUGACAAGUUGACCCUUGAUCAGGAGCAAAGCACCAGAGCUCUGGUGUUGAACACAUUCACACGCAGUAUCCUCUUGUGUGACCAAGAGGUGGAUUAUGAUGAAGUAUUGUCUCUCCGCAUUGUUUCAUUUUUGAUGGAUAACCAUGAAGAGGUGUUGCGUCCACCACAAGAUCUUAGUGUUCUUGUGCACCGCAAGCUCUCCCAGAUUCAGCGGAGUAAGAUUGUGUAUGGUUCCACAAUAGAAGAUAGGGGCAUGACACUCACUUACUGCCGUCAGGUAUCAAAAGCUGAAUACGAACGCCAGUGCCUGACAGGCUCCCAACAGUUCCUUGCACAACUACUUGAUCAAAUUAUUGACAAUGACAAAAUAUCUGCAAAGUCAAAAAAGAAGAAACUUAAAGACUUCAAGUCACUCUACCCUGAUGUAUACAAGGCAAAAUUCCCAGAGGAGGACCAUAAGCCUGAAACCCGUAGCAAAGUGCGAAGUUUGAUCAAGUUGGCCUCUUUCUCUUCGCUGGGUAAGGGACGUUCAUUGAGAAUGUGAAAACCGUAUAGAGAAUUAACCAAAGAUGGAAGUCUGCCAAGACCACCAUUGGGAUUAUUAGUGCCAUAUUAGAGAUGAGAUUUUAACACUGGUGAUGAAUAUUCUUGUAAGCCUCAAUAAUAUCGAUGUACAUAAAUUUAUAUCCUCUAAAGUAAUUAUUCAUUUGAGGGGUUCAACUUGAGAAGUUUAAAUGUGCUUGCAUUUUAUUUGAAGUGAACUUAUAACUUUUUCAGUAGUGUGGUGCAAUCUUUUACUUAUAAGGAAAGAGCAAUAUCUGGACCUCAGGAAUGUUUACAAUUGGCACAAGGUUUUAAAUGGUCUUUCACGUUUGUAUAUAUUUUAUAUAAAAUACAGUAUGCUACAGUAAUUUUUUAUAUAAUAUUUUCUAAAUAUUAAGCAUUUGUGAUAUUGUUUUAAUAGAUUAUUUAUUUUUUGUUCAUAUUAAAAGCCUUCAUUGGUCUACUAUUUUAUUAAUUUUGUAUUUCUUGUUUCUCUCGUAGAAAAAUAUUUGACUAAUCUUGUAUCAGUCAUCAAAUUAUAUGAAUCAUACAAUAAUAUUGAAUGAUUUUAUUGGCUGUUUUUCUAUGUUUAGUCUUCUGAUUUGUUAUCUCUAAGAUAGAAGUAAUGAAAAUAACGCUUUUCUGUCAUAUAUGUACAGUAUGUAUGAAUAUGGUUAUAAAAGAAUGGUAUUACUCACCACAUUUAUUUAAAGAAGUUUAUGAAUGUUCAGUAUUAUUUUGAUUUAUUCUUAGAAGGGAUUUGAUAGCAUCUAUUUUCAAAACAUGCAUAUUAUACGAGCAUAGUAUAUGAGCACAAUAAUGUAUAUGUGCUUGAAUUUGUGAUUGUCAGUUUUAAAUGGAUGAAGUAUAAGCAAAUUCAACAUUAGUUAAACAUUAAACCCCAUUAAAAAGGGCCGUGACCAAAAUUAGUACAGUACAUUAUAUGUUCUUGAUUCCUUGACAUAAACUUUUGACAAAUGCCACAUAUGAAUAAUUAUCAUUGCUAAUGAUAAUUUUCCUAAAUGAUGAAUGAGUGCAGUGUAUUUAUGCUGUUGUGUAUUAAAACAAAUUUUAUCAACUAAAAUAUCACUUUUGUA